UAGAUUACCCGCCAAAGUCAUUUUGAAAUUUGACCCGGGCAACAGGAUUAAUAUGGAACAGAACAAGGCUGUAAGACGUCCUUUCAAACAACCCAGAAAGAUAACAGAGCCACCAGAAAGGAGUUUCAAAAGACAAAGUUCUACGGCAAUGUUUACAGGUCAAAAAACCAUACGAAGACGCAAUUUAACUACAAACGUCUCCCAAGUAGAAGUGGCAUCUACCAGAACUACAUUUAACCAAGGCUGCCAUCCUCUCAAGAUGGUAUCUAUGAAGCAAGCUAUAACACCAGACCAUUCUGAUUUUUUCGCAACGUCAUCCAAGGAUACAGCAGGAAGUUGCUUAGAGUAUAUUGAAGACCCACCGUUCAACAUACCUCUUGACUCAUUGGAUAACUCCUCUCUAUGGGAAGACGAAUGGCUAGGAGAUGCCGAUGACUUUGAGCUAUUAGAUGUCAUUGCUUUGCAUGGUACGAAGGAAUCAGCGGCAUAGUUAAACUCUGAUAGAUGUAAGCACAAUGAGAGAUUUCAUGGCAACCAUUCAAAAUAAAAGUGAAUUGAUUGAG